UCCGUCGACUGGAUGUAUGCCGCGGAGGCCUACUCGGAGAGCGGCCGCCAGCUGAGGAUCGCCAACGCCUUCAAACGCCUGGGGCGCUGCCCCGUGCACGGCAGCCCCGCGCAGUGGGCCGCGGGCCUCCUGGCAGACCAGCCGCCUGACGUCCGGCCGGAGGGUGGCGGGGAGACGCGGCGGAGGCGGGUGGGCGUGGAGGACGGCGCGCUGGGAGAGGUGAGGGCGGUCAUGGCGGCGCCGCACUGCCGGGUGUGCCGCAAGCUGGCGGAGAGGCUGGCGCUGUUCCUGGAGCUGAGCGGGAGGGAGACGGUUUAA